UCGAAAUGCGUUAGCAUUAAAUCGGAAUUUAGCACUUUUUUGACACUUUGAAAGGCCUUUUCCUGAUCUUGCCCCCACUCCCACUUCACUUCUUUUUUAAGCAAUUUAUCCAAUGGCCCUCUAUAUUUAUGCAUUUCACUAACAAACCGCCCAUAAUAAUUAAUUGUACCCAUAAAAGAUUUCAAUUCUUUAACAUCUCUUGGACGUGUCAAUUCACUAAUUUUCUUUUUCUUUUCAGGGUCGGGCUCAAUUCCACUUUUGGAUACAAUAUGGCCUAAGAACUUCAAUUUUUCUUUAAAGAAAUUACACUUUUCUAACUGGAUUUU